CAUGUGCAGGAGGAGGAGAGCGUCGUCCUGUCAUAUGACUUAUAUGAGCUCAGGUUUGAGGCUGAAUUCACAGCGCUGCUGAACCGGGUCACACUCGGUCCGGGCGUCACUUACCGUCUGUCUGCUCAGAGGAACCAUCUACCCGUCGCAAUGGCUGUCCGCGUUUGCAUGACGCUGCUCGUUAUUCUACUGAGUGGUAUUGUGCAUUCUGAUGAUCUGGUGACAUCUCCAUUACCUGCAACUGACGAGCUUGCCACAAAAACUCUGACUACCCCACAUAACAUGACUAAUUCAACUACAGUACCUCCGACUACCCCACAUAACACAACUAAUUCGACUACUGUACCUCCGACUACCCCACAUAACACAACUAAUUCGACUACUGUACCUCCGACUACCCCACAUAACACAACUAAUUCGACUACAGUACAUCCGACUACCCCACAUAACACAACUAAUUCAACUACGGUACCUCCGACUACCCCACAUAAUACUACUAAUUCGACUACUGUACCUCCGACUACCCCACAUCACAACGUGACGAAUUCCACCACAGAAGCGCCAACUACCGCACACACUAAUGCUACAUCAGUUCCAACUGCUCCUCCAACCACUCCUCCUGUCCCCAACCCAACUGUUGGAAAUUAUGACGUCAAGUCAGGCAAUGCCACAAGCAAUGUCUGUCUUUUGGCAAAGAUGGGCCUUCAGUUCAGUUUCAAAAUGAACGAGAGCGCCAGCUUUCAGACUGUUAAUCUUAACCCUAAUGUAACGGAUGUGAGCGGAACCUGUGGAAGUGGUGGCAAGGACUCUUCCCUACUGCUGAAGUCAGAUGAAAUCACAGUUAAUUUUGUCUUCACAAAUGUUUCACAGAAGUUCCAUCUACAUGCUUUGACAUUCUCUGUUAAUGUUGGAAAUGGAAAUGUUUUCAAUGUCUCCAAUAAUAAUCUGUCUUUGUGGGAGGCAUCUGUCGGAAGCUCCUACAUGUGCAAAAAAGAGCAGAGCUACAACAUCACCGACAAGCUUACCCUCAACACAUUCGAGCUACGAGUGCAGCCCUUCGGAGUGCAAAACAACAAGUUUAACACAGCUGAGGAUUGCGUCGCAGAUGAUCCUGAUAACUUCGUUAUCCCUAUAGCGGUGGGAGUUGCCCUGGCUGUCCUCGUUAUUAUUGUCUUACUGGCCUAUCUGAUUGGAAGAAAGAGAAGUCAGCUCUCUGGCUAUCAGCAAUUUGAUUCAUAAUAUCAAUCUGAGAAUAUAAAAGCAUCCAUGCGAGUUCUAGCUAAUCUAGCAGAAUUUCAGAAAUCAAGACAUUUCGGUUUGUGCACAUGAAAAAUUUAAAAUGAGUUUCACGUUUAAAAUAAUUUAUUGCAUUCGGACAUUAUGUAGCAUGGUGAUUAAGGUAGGCCUGUGUGGCACAUAAUAUAAUGCGUGUUCUGCAUCAAUCUGACUGAAUUGUGAGUCCUGUUGUGAUUAACAAAAUCUUUUUAGUGCCUAACAGUGCCGUGUUAUUUCUGUAAUCACUCACCCUCCCUUUCUGUCUCCCUUUCUCCCAGCGGAGGAAUGCUUUCUGGAUUCUGAUUUGAGUUUUCUCGUGCCCAUUGCUGUGGGUGUGGCUCUCAGCUUCCUAAUCAUCCUAGUGCUUAUCUCUUACCUGAUUGGCCGGCGGAAGAGUCGCACUGGUUACCAGUCUGUAUAACAACCCAAGCUGCUGCCAUCUUACCUCUAAACCCGGCUUGUCCUUUACAUUUAUAUUUGCUCCUCCUCACUCUUCCGGUCCUGUUGGCUUUCUCUUUUGCCCUGCAAACUGCUCGACCCUUCUCACCUGGCAGCGCUAACCGCUGAUAACACCCCUAUUUCUAACACGUUGAUUGCAUAAUUAUAAUUACUACAUAAUUAUAUCUCUGAGCUCUUCUAAUCAUUUCCUGUGUACGAUUUAAACGUUUUCUGAAUGAUGUGGUAUAUUUCUGCUUAAUCACACUUGAAACAAUGUCAACUGGCAUGACUCACUUGUUUAGUGUAAGCACAGGCUGUCUAAAAUCCACUGGCAUUGCGCUGUAUGUUAAAUGCAUGGAAAAAAAUUAUUAUUCCCCCUUUUAUGGGAGUUUUGGUUAAUCUUGCUCUAAGGAUGCUCAGUUCUGGUUGCUGUGACUUCUAUUCAUGUGAACUAUUAUUAUGAAUGAGUGAUGCAAUUAUAGAAUUAGGAUACUUUUUUAGUUUAACCAUUGAAUGUAAAUGCUCAGUUAGUUCUGUAAUUGUACUCUCGUGGAUCAGUUGUUGCCGAAAUUAGGGGUGAAACAUAUCCUGGCACAUUUUCUUAAUCAGCAGAGCUAAUGAUAAUAAGUCUUGCACUUAGCACAUUGUAUUAUAAAGGGACACUAUUUUUGUGACAUUUACCAGCAUUUGAAAAUUAACAUUUAUUUUUUAUUUUUUUGUUGAUCAUGCUUUUGUUGAUUUCUUUAGGUCCCUCUCAGGGAAUGUUGGAAGUGUUACAAUAGGCCUGUUAGUACAUGGGUUUGUGGAUUUAGUUUGUCAUUUUUCUGGACACGUGCAUACAAUGUACAAAAAUACACCGUUUCUGAGACCAAAGCUACAAGUUCCUGUGUAUUUUCAGUCUAUUUUCUGCUCUGCAUAGUGAAAAUACUUGUUCAAACCAGUUCAUCUGUAUACCAUUUUUCAUAGUUAUUUCCCCCCCCAAAGAAUUUAGCUCUUAAAACAAACACAAUUAAACACACUAUGUUAUUGUUGUACUAUAGUGUGCCUUUUAGUUACAUUUCUUUGUUCCUUCUCUAUAGGACCUUAAUCUGUCAGGUUAAGAAUGUUGGUUUAAAGUUUCAAAUUGGAAAAAAUUUCAAUAAAAUGGCUUUUUUGUUUUUGUA